AUGCUACCCUAUAUCAAUAAACCGUUCGAGCUGUUAUCUGGAGCAGUUGGUGCCUCUCCAGAUGAGCUCAAGCUCAUAUUCUCCUUCCUGCUCUCAUAUCCGCUCGCCGGCCUCCUGAAGCGUGUGCCGGAUGCUCGCCCCGAAUACAAGAACCUAUUCAUCAUAAGCGGCGGCCUAUUUUAUUUAGUAGGUCUAUUCUCGCUAUGGACCGGCGUCCGAACUAUCUUCAUCGCCUCCACAGGCACGUACGCCCUCGCAUACUACCUUCGAACCUCCCCAUACAUGCCAUGGAUCGCCUUUGUCUUCCUCAUGAGCCACAUGGCCGUGAGCCAGCUCACACGCCAGUUCGCUGAUAACCCCGCCGCGAUCGAUAUUACCGGUGCCCAGAUGGUGCUCGUCAUGAAGUUGUCCGCCUUCGCCUGGAACGUGGCCGACGGUACGCUGCCGGAGGACCAGCUCAGCGAUUUUCAGAAGAGCAGGAGAAUAAUCAAGCUACCAUCAUUUCUAGACUAUGCGAGCUAUGUACUAUUCUUCCCAUCUCUCUUGACGGGCCCGGCCUUCGAUUACAACGAGUUCCGCGGUUGGAUCGACUGCACCAUGUUUGAUGUGCCAGCGAAUAUAGACCCCGCAAAGAAGCCCCCGACUAGGAAGAAGCGCAGGAUACCGAGGAGUGGGACACCGGCCAUGUUGAAAUUGGCCAGCGGCCUCACCUGGGUCUUCCUCUUCCUGAACUUGAACAGGUGGUACUCUGGCGAUGCCCUUCUCAGCGAUCCCCCGGCGGGGGCGGGCUUCCUACGCCGUGUGUUCACCAUGCAUAUGGUAGGGUUCACCACCCGAGCCAAAUACUACGGCGUGUGGUUCAUGGCAGAAGGCUCGUGCAUCCUCGCUGGGCUGGGCUACAACGGCGUUGACCCGGUUACAGGCAAGGUCUCGUGGAACCGUCUCCAGAAUAUUAGUCCGUGGGGGGUGGAGCUGGCCCAGAACUGCCGCGCGUACCUGGGGCACUGGAAUAUGAACACCAACAAGUGGUUGCGGUACUACAUCUACCUGCGCGUGACGCCCAGGAAUAGGAAACCCGGCUUCCGCGCUAGCAUGGCUACAUUCGUUACGAGCGCGUUCUGGCACGGGUUCUAUCCGGGUUACUACCUCACCUUUGUCUUCGCUAGCUUCGUCCAGCAAACCGCCAAGAACUUCCGGCGCAACGUCCGACCUUUCUUCCUCGACCCGGUGACGCAAAAGCCGCUGCCGAGCAAGAAGUACUACGACUUUGCUUCGUGGCUCGCGACGCAGCUGACCUUUUCGUUCCUCGUCGCGCCGUUCAUCGUGCUGCGGCUCGACGCGUCACUGCUGGCGUGGCAGCGCGUGUACUACUACGCGAUUGGAACGACGGGCGCGGGGACGGUGCUCUUCGCGUGGCCAGCGGUACGGGCAGAGCUCCGGCGACGGCUCGAAGAGCGGACGCGCGAGGCCGGCGUGCGGCUGCAGCGUAGCGCGAGCACGGACAGCCUCAGCGGUGCGGGUGGUGUGGGAGGCGCGCAGGAGCCCGUGCUUGGCCUCAGCGCAGACCCGGCCCGCGACCUCGAUGAGGCCUUCCAGGAGAUCCGCGAAGAGGUCGAGAAGGCGCAGGCCCGGCUCAAGGAGCUGGGUCACGACGGGGCGCCGGCACACGCGCAGGCCGUAGCUGCGGCGCUGGAGAUAGAGGGCAAGAAGAAGGAGUCAUGA